AUGUCUGUGGUGUUUCGGAAGAAGGAGUCGGAACUGCGGGUAAGUGCGAUCAGCCUGUUAAUUGCGGGGAAGGUCGGCGAAGUUUCAGAAAGUUCCGGCGAAGAUUCUCGUCUCGAUCCAACCCGACCCGGAACUAGCAGACCAGUAUGUUCCGAUGGCGACGCAGGACGUGGCGAUCCAACAGGCGCCGAGGAUGUCCCAGAACGAGAGAAGGUUCGUUGGAGAUCAGCUCUGACCAAAACAAAAGAGAAUUCUUCGUGUUCCUCAGCCCCACACACUAGCCUCCGCCAGAGACAAAGUAUUGCUGCCAAACAUACGAGUACAGAGGCAAAAUAUAUGAACGUUAACACAGAAACCAUCGACUUCGCCAGUACAGGCAUGAACCACACCGAGGGGGGCUGGCCGAAGGAUGUGUCCACGACAGAGGAUGACCAGAAAGUUCGCUACAGGAAGAAAAUUGAGAAGGAUGACGUGUAUAUACAUUCCAUGCUGCAACUCGAUCGAGCACUGCAUCCGCAGAACAACGCCAUCGACAUCUACGAGAUGUACUUCGAGGCGGAGGAGAGCCCCAUGGUGGAGGAGCCCGACCCCAUCAAGACCGUGAACGUGAUCCGGGACCCGCACGGAGGUCAGAGGAUGGUGACCUCGGUGAGUUUCGCUCCCGAGGGAGGUCACAAGAUCGCCGCCGCUACUCAUUGCAGCAGUAGCCCUGAGCUGGACCUGCACGCGCCCUCGUGGUUGCAGUAUCUACAGUAUAAUCCCAAAGACCCGCAUGUUAUUGCCGCAGGGCUCUACAACGGGCAGGUGUCGUGGUGGGACACGCGGCAAGGCCCCCGCCCCGUGGAGUCGACGUCGCUGGAAGUCAGUCACGCGCAGACGGUCACGGCGCUCACGUGGAUGGCCCACAAGACACGCUCUGAGCUCUUCACUGUCUCCACGGACGGAAGGGUGCUGUGGUGGGACACGCGCAAGCUUUCUCAGCCGACGGACACCCUCGUCCUCGACCCCCUGAGGGAGGACCCGCCCAACAUCUCGAAGGCGCUGAGUGCCACUUGCGUCGAGUACGAGGUCACGAUGCCCACGAAGCUGAUGGUGGCCACGGAGCAGGGCCAGGUGGUGGCCUGCAACAGGAGGGCGAGGAGCCCCCCCGACAGGAUCAGUAUGAUCUACAACGCCCACAUCGCGCCCAUCUACGCCAUCCAGAGGAACCCAUUCUUCCUCAAGAAUUUUAUGACGGUGGGCGACUGGACGAUCAAACUGUGGGCGGAAGACUUCAAGGAAUCGCCCUUUCUGUGGACCAAAACCCGCGCCCUCGCAGGUCUGGUGGAGUUGGUUUUGAUGCGGAGCGGAAGCUGGAGCGCCUCCAGGUCCUCGGUCAUGUUCACGGCUCGCCUCGACGGAGCGCUGGACGCCUGGGACCUCCUCACCUCCUGGAGCAAGCCCGCCGCUUCUGUGCAGGUCGUGGACGAGGCCCUCGAGACAGUGACCACCCACGAGGGCGGGCGACUCCUGGUGGCGGGCUCUCAGCUGGGCACGCUGUCCCUCCUGCACCUGCCCUCCCGGCUCGUCAUGCCCUCCGACAAGCACGAGAAGGCAGCUUUUACGGCCGUGAGUCCUUCGUUCAGCGCGGAAUACAUGGGCUAUAAUAGUAUAAAAAAAUUGCGUACAACUAAAGUGGCUAAGCGCUGUGUUGGCACCGUCAGUGUCACCAUACGAAACAAGAAGCACAGUAAGAUACGAACAAUCAUUGAAGAGAAAUGGUUGUGUAACAGUGAGGAAGACUUCAAAGAGGAUCGACCAGAGUAG